UGAGCCUUACCAAAUUUUUUGUUUAUUUUUUUUUCUUCUCUUGAAAAGUGAACAAAUUUGAUUGUUUUAAAAUAGUGAAAUUACCUAUUUGUGAUUUUUGGAAAAUAAAUUGAAAUCUUCUCUUCUCUAAUGGCUGCAACCAGGAGACUUCAAAAGGAAUUACAAGAUAUCAGGAAAUCUGGUAUGAAAUCAUUUCGAGACAUUCAAGUGGAUGAACACAACAUGCUGACCUGGCAAGGGCUCAUUGUACCAGACAAUGUACCUUACAAUAAGGGUGCCUUCCGAAUUGAGAUUAACUUUCCACCUGAAUAUCCCUUUAAACCUCCCAAGAUCACCUUUCGUACGAAAAUAUACCAUCCAAAUAUCGAUGAGAAAGGACAAAUUUGUUUACCCAUAAUAAGUGCAGAAAAUUGGAAACCAGCGACCAAAACGGAUCAGGUUAUUCAAUCUUUGGUUGCACUAGUCAACGAUCCUGAACCUGAACAUCCAUUGAGAGGUGAUUUAGCAGAAGAAUACAGUAAAGAUCGGAAGAAAUUCAUGAAGAAUGCUGAUGAUUAUACCAAAAAAUUUGCUGAGCGACGUCCAUCAGAUUAGAGAAAGAAAAAAGCAAAAAGCAAAACACAAAACACAAAAAGUAAUCGACCAAAAGAAAAAAUCAAAAAAAAAAUAAUAACAAUAAUUCAACUAAAUAUAAAAAGGAUCAAUCGUCAAGUGAUUAACUGUCAAAAUUAUUGAAUCGAUAAUUGGAUUCGAAGGCGCAAGAGAGACAGACGAAAGCGUUUUGGUUUUAAUUCGGAUAAAAAAAAAGAGAUACGUUUUUGUCAUAACAAAAAAAAAGAGAAGAAAAAAAAUCAAAACAAAGUAAAUUGACCAAUAAUUCAUUGUCUUUAUAAGUGACAACCAUAUUAAUUAACGAAGAUCAUCAAUUAAUUUUCCUUACCUUUUAGUUUAAAUGACAAAAGAAAACAAAUGAUUAACUGAUUGUGUCCAUGAAGAGAAUGAAAAUUAAUUGUUUGACUAAUUACACUCAAAUUUUGAGAAGGUCACUUAAAAUUAAUAAACAAUUAACGGUUGAUUAA